GGAGCGCGCGCGGCGGGCGGCGCGAGGGCCACCUGGACUCCCCGCUUCUGCGGCGGGCCCGGAAGGAAGGCUGCCAUGUUGGGAGAUGCCAUCAUGGUGGCCAAAGGCCUUGCCAAGCUGACCCAGGCCGUGCUGGACACCCACCUGCAGCACCUGGGUCUCAGUGGGGAGCUCCUCGUGGCGGUCCGCUCCCUGCAGGCCACUGCCGUCGAGCAGGUCGGCGUGGUCUUCGGGCAGGUGCAGGGGCAGCCCACGCGUGAAGACGCUUACACCCCCGAGGGCUUCGACGACCUGGAAGCGGAGCUGCCGUUCGCAGGGCCACAGGCGACCGGAGCCUCGGCGGACUUCUCUGCAGCGGCUGCCGGGGACCAGGCGCCGGCUCCGCCCCCGGGCCGCGCCCCAGGCCGGGGCCCCGCUCCGGCCUAUGCCGCCGGGGGGCUCCUCUGGGAGGCGGGCCGGGCCGCCUCCCCGGGCAGCGGGGCCCACGGGAGGCUGUUUGCGGACCCUAGAGACUUCUUCUUGGCCGCUGGUGUCCGGCGAAGGUUCUUCCACCAGGACCAGUCUCCCGUGGGGGGCCUCACGGCCGAGGACAUCGAGAAGGCCCGGCAGGCCAAGGCUCGCCCCGAGCGCAAGCCGCACACGCAGGUGCUCAGUGAGCGGGCUCGCGAGCGCAAGGUGCCAGUGACACGGAUUGGGCGGCUGGCCAACUUUGGAGGCCUGGCGGUGGGGCUGGGCUUCGGGGCCCUGGCCGAGGUCGCCAAGAAGAGUCUGCGCCCCGAGGCCUCCUCCGGGCGGAAGGCGGUGCUGGACUCGAGCCCGUUCCUGUCGGAGGCGAACGCGGAGCGCAUCGUGAGCACGCUCUGCAAGGUGCGCGGCGCCGCGCUCAAGCUGGGCCAGAUGCUGAGCAUCCAGGACGACGCCUUCAUCAACCCCCACCUGGCCAAGGUCUUCGAGCGGGUGCGGCAGAGCGCGGACUUCACGCUCAAGCAGAUGACGAAGACGCUGGCGGGCGACCUGGGCCCGCACUGGCGCGAGCGGCUCGAGUACUUCGAGGAGCGGCCGUUCGCCGCCGCGUCCAUCGGGCAGGUGCACCUGGCCCGCCUCAAGGGCGGCCGCGAGGUGGCCAUGAAGAUCCAGUACCCCGGCGUGGCCCAGAGCAUCGACAGCGACGUCAGCAACCUCAUGGCCGUGCUGAACAUGAGCAACAUGCUCCCGAAAGGCCUGUUCCCCGAGCACCUGAUGGACGUGAUGCGGCGGGAGCUGACGCUCGAGUGCGACUACGAGCGCGAGGCCGCCUGCGCCCGCAAGUUCAGGGAGCUGCUGCGCGGCCACCCCUUCUUCUACGUGCCCGAGGUGGUGGACGAGCUGUGCGGGCCGCGCGUGCUCACCACCGAGCUGGUGUCCGGCUUCCCCCUGGACCAGGCCGAGGGGCUGAGCCAGGAGAUCCGCAACGAGAUCUGCUACAGUCUGGUGCUGUGCCUGCGGGAGCUGUUCGAGUUCCACAUCAUGCAGACCGACCCCAACUGGGCCAACUUCUUCUACGACCCCGACCAGCACAAGGUGGCGCUGCUGGACUUCGGGGCCACGCGGGAGUACGACCCGUCCUUCACCGACCUCUACAUCCAGGUGGGGCCGGAUUAUCCGGCGGCGGCGGACAGGGACCGGGAGACGGUGCUGAAGAAGUCCAUCGAGAUGAAGUUCCUCACGGGCUACGAGGUCAAGGCCAUGGAGGACGCGCACCUGGACGCCAUCCUGAUCCUGGGCGAGGCCUUCGCCUCCGAGGAGCCGUUCGACUUCGGCACGCAGAGCACCACGGAGCGCAUCCACGGGCUCAUCCCCACCAUGCUGCGGCACCGCCUCGUGCCGCCGCCCGAGGAGACCUACUCGCUGCACCGCAAGAUGGGCGGCUCCUUCCUCAUCUGCUCCAAGCUCCGCGCGCGCUUCCCCUGCAAGGCCAUGUUCGAGGACGCGUACGGCCGCUACCUGCCAGCGCCGGGCCGCCCCGUAGCCCGGGCCGCGGGGAGCGGGGUCGGCGGGGUCUCCAAUAAAGACGCCCCGGAAGGAAGCCUGGCCCCGCAAAGUGCUCCGCCGGGCGGCUCCUUGGCCCCGGGCCGGGCGGGCGCAGGUGGAGCGGGCCUGGGCCUGCACGACGGCGCGGCGUCCGCCCCUGCGGGGACCAAGCGCGUGGCUGGGACCCCAGGGCGGCAGUGA